AUGAGAAACCACACAGAAAUGACAGAGUUUGUCCUCCUGGGACUGUCCAAUGACCCACAGCUUCAGGCUGUGAUCCUUGUCUUCCUGCUCAUCACCUACAUGCUCAGCAUCAUGGGGAACCUGACCAUUAUCACCCUGACCCUACUGGAUCCCCACCUCCAGACCCCCAUGCAUUUCUUCCUCAGAAAUUUCUCCCUAUUAGAAGUGUCCUUCACCACUGUCAGUAUACCCAAGUUCCUGGGCACCAUCAUUUCAGGAGAUAAAACCAUUUCUUUUCACGAUUGUAUGGCUCAGUUAUUUUUUUUCAUUCUCCUGGGAGUCACUGAGAUUUACCUUCUGGCUGCCAUAUCCUAUGACCAUUACAUUGCCAUCUGCAAACCUCUGCAUUACACGACCAUCAUGAACCACAGAGUCUGUGCACUGCUUGUCUUGGCUUCUUGGCUGGCUUCACUCUUAAUCAUAUUCCCGUCACUCCUGCUCUUCAUACAGCCCAAUUACUGUAAGUCCAAUGCUAUCAACCAUUUUACUUGCGAUUAUUUCCCCUUAUUGUGCCUUUCUUGUUCAGACACAGAAUUCCUAGAGAUACUGGGCUUUUCCUGUGCUGUGUUUACUCUAAUGUUCACUUUGGCAUUGAUAAUUCUGUCCUACACAUGUAGCAUCAGAACAAUUUUGAGGAUCCCUUCUACUAGUCAGAGGACAAAGGCCUUUUCCACGUGUUCUUCCCACAUGACAGUCAUCUCCAUCUCUUAUGCCAGCUGCAUUUUCAUGUACAUUAAUCCAUCAGCAAAGGAUAGAGUGUCUUUGAGCAAGGGAGUGGCUGUGCUAAACACCUCAGUAGCCCCCAUGUUGAGCCCCUUUAUUUACAGCCUAAGGAAUCAGCAAGUCAAGCGAGCCUUCAUGGACAUGGUAGGAACAUUGUAUUUUUCUCAAGCAAAUGGAAAAAUAAGACUGCUGUUUCAUAAAUUAGAGGUGUAA